AUGAAGUAUAGUUUGCUCCUCUUCCUUGCUCCGCUUGGAGUAUGGAGCCGUGCCUGUACAUGCGGGCAGGCAAAUCAGAAUGGCGCCUAUUCGAGAAAUGAAAACGUCAUUCCUCGGGCUGAAAAUGCCGAUGAAAUGCUGGACAGACGUGACGUACACGACGGCCUCGCAGAAAAACGGGAUGAUCUUUACGCCAGGCUCAUCAACGGGAAACCGACCGGCCUCCACGAGUAUCCUUUCAUAGCUGCAGUCGUGUACAACUCUGGAGCCAAGAGGAUUUCGUGCCCAGGUGCAAUCAUUGACAAGAAGCACAUACUCAUCACGGCACAUUGUGUCAACGGCAUACGAGCAAAUAACAUUGGUGUCUAUGCCGGUUCAAACAAGUUCGACGUACCAUCAGCGAAAUUACGAACAGUCGCAGCCAUUCAUCCUCAUCCUAAAUGGGACUCGGAGAGGCGCUUUUACGACGUCGCACUGCUUCAACUACAAGAUCCUCUUUCUUUUGAUCGAAACACAAACAUUGUGUGUGUACCAAGCCAGCCUCGAGACUUCAACAACCAGACAGCUACGGCGCUAGCUUGGGGGUCACCAUCGUCCGGGGAAGGACAGCUUGUGCAAACGAAGUUCGAGACGCACAACUUGGAUUCCUGCAGCGUCCGUGGUACUGGGGGUCCGCAGUUCUGUACGUAUGCACCAGGCGAGGGGGUUUGUGAUAAUGCCUCAGACGGCCCCUUGCUGCUGUGGCAGGAACCAACGUCUAGAAGAUACUUUGCUGUUGGUUUGUCUUCUUGGGGCCAGUCUUGCAAAAAGUUCCCAGAGGUUGCAACCGAUCUUACUCAGCUGAAGCCAUGGAUUCAGGAGGUUGUUGGAGCGGGUGGUGGCACCCUGUGCCCGUAG